AUGCCGCCAUUAAGAGUCCUCUGCCUCCAUGGGGCAGGGACAAAUACAGAGAUCCUCCAGUUUCAGCUUCGACCUUUGAUUCGUGAGCUUGAAUCGGAUCAUACUGCAACUUUCCAUUUUACCGAAGGGGUUGUUGACUCUGGCCCUGGGCCUAACGUUGAGAAUUUUUUCGAAGGCCCAUACUACUCCUACUACAACUGGCCGCGGUCAUCAGAGGAUGAUGGCACUACUGUGGAAGAAGCAUACGAUCAACUUUUGGAUUUUAUUGAGAUAGAAGGGCCUUUUGACGCAGUGAUCGGCUUUUCGCAUGGCGGUACCCUCGCUUGUGGGUUUCUCGCUCAGUGGUCAACGCGCCACCCAUACGAAGCUCCACCAUUCAAAUGCGCAAUUUUCUUCAACAGCUUACCUCCGUUUGUGGUUAGCGGGAGCGGAAAUUUCAUAUUUGAGAAGCAUCUAAAGGGCAAGAUAACCAUUCCUACACUUCAUGUUGUUGGGAGAAAGGACUUUAUUUACGAGCACUCUCUCAAGCUACAUCAGAUAUGCGGGGACAAAAAAGCAACCUUGAUGCUACAUGACAACGGGCAUGAAAUCCCCAGAGAGCCAAAAUUCGUGGCAAAAAUCGCGGGUGCAAUCAGGAGAUUAAGUCGCGAAAUUAUGUUCCAAUAG